UUUAAAAGGAGGAAAAGAAGGCUGUAUGGACCAUGUGUUACUCACACACUGAGCUGAGUGUUGCUCCUGAAAUUACAACAUCAUGGUUUACUUUCUGCUUGUUGUCUUUGGACUUUUGUCCUUUACAUCAAGCCAAAUAUCUCACCAGUAUCACUUCAUAAAUAUCAGAAAGAACUGGACUGAGGCUCAGAGAUUCUGCCGUGAGAUGUACACUGACCUGGCGACUGUGAAUAAUGAAGAUGAGAAGAACAGCUUGUUCAAAACCAUAACUGAUAAUUCAUAUGAUGUGUAUACUGGACUUUAUAGAGGUGAAGUGUUCAGAUGGCAUUGGACCCUGCCAGACAGUGUGUACAAUGAAAAGACAUUCCAAAACUGGGAAAAAAAUCAACCAGAUAAAAAUAAUAAUGAGGGCUGUGCUGCAAUGGACAACAAUGGGAACUGGUUUAGUGAUAGCUGUGAUACACAAAGGCAAUUUGUCUGCUUUAAUGCCACUAAAACGUAUAUCCUGAUUGAGCAGAACAAAUCCUGGAGGGAGGCCCAAGAAUUUUGCAGAACUUUUCACACAGAUCUAGUGAAUGUCAGAACCUCCUCAGAAAAUCAAGUUGUCAAGAACACUGCAAAAAACGAUGUAUGGAUUGGACUAUUUAACGACCCUUGGUCGUGGUCGGAUCAGAGUAACUCUUCUUUCCGUUUCUGGAAUUCAAGUCAGUUAAGUAACAACAGAAGAGAGCGGGACUGUGUUACAGUGAUGGUGAACCACACAGGGAAAUGGAAUGACGUUCAAUGUAACACCACUCAGCCCUUUAUCUGUCACGGUGAUCUGAAAUCUCAUUCAACUACUAAACCAGCUACUACUGAUACUGAGGGGGGAAAUAGAAGCACACAACCUACACAAAUACUCACUACAGGUGCAGAGCAAGAUAACCUGAUUCUGGUCCGUGAGAACCUGACGUGGACUGAAGCUGUGACUUACUGCAGAAAGCACCACGUGGACCUGGUCUCCAUUCACAGUGAGGAGCUUCAGAACAGGACAGCAAGAAAAGCCAUCCAGGCCUCCACUUCUCAUGUAUGGCUGGGUCUCCGUUACACCUGCACCUUCAACUUCUGGUUCUGGAUAAAGAACAGAGAAGCAGGCUGCUACCAGAACUGGGCGUCUGCAUUAUUUCUCAUAUGGUCUAUGUAA